AGACUUGUCGGGACCAUAAAUGGACACGUCCUGCAAUCGUAGCUGCGCUGUUGCAUAGCUGGAAGUGUCGCGGGACGUGUUACCAAGCUUGUCCGCUUGUGCAUGUCCAAUCCGCGGGCUCAUGUUUCAGACAGUCACGCGCAGCCUGUCACUUGGUGGUCGCCACCGCUUUUUUCUUUACGUCGCGCUCCUGCUCUUCCUCCCCACUGCCCAGGCCUUGUUGUAAAGCCCUGCUGAGGAGGGUGUUUUGAUUCUAGUGGUGGUUGGAGUGUCUCUCUUCAGCAGCCAUGUCGGGCUUCAAUCUUCUCCAUCUAAUAAGCAAGAGUCAGCCUGUGACUCUGAGGUCCUGCAGUCUUCCCUCAGGAGCUGCUCGAUCCAAGAAAACAUGGCCGGUGACCUUCUCUCAGGAGGAGAUGAAGAAACGUCUCACGCCCAUGCAGUAUCAUGUGACCCAGGAACGAGGAACAGAGAGUGCCUUCACCGGAGAGUUUACGGACCAUAAGGAAGAGGGAACCUACAUGUGUGUAGUCUGCGGUGCACCAUUGUUCAGUUCAAAAACCAAAUUUGACUCAGGAUCAGGUUGGCCUUCCUUUUAUGACCUUCUGAAACAGGAGUCCAUUGAUGUGUCAGAUGAUUUCUCCUAUGGGAUGCACAGAGUGGAGACCACCUGUGGCCAGUGCGGGGCCCAUCUUGGACACCUGUUUGAUGACGGUCCAAAGCCCAGCGGAAAACGUUACUGCAUCAACUCUGCCUCGCUGUCUUUCCAACCCAAAGAUGCGGAUGGGGCCUCUGGGUCCGCCUCCACAGGGGCCGCCGCAGAGUCCUCGAUAUCUGAGGAAAGGACGGAACUCUAAGAACCCAGCAAAGCUCCAGAUCUAGUGUGUGUUUGAGUCAACGGUUCCACCAACUUAUUAUAGUUAAAUCUAUUCACAAUUUUGAGCUAUAUUGGUCAACGCAAGGCACACAAAAUCUUUUCACAUUCAAAUAAGACUGACCAAAACUAUAACACUCAUGUUCACCAAUAGGAAAUGUACUCACAGAUGGAUGAUGUCCUCUUUCAUAGAAACACACACUUGUUUAUUUUGAAUAUACUAGUCUAUUUUGCAUGUACCUUUGAUGAUAUUUCACACUUUUAAGGUGCGAUUAAGGGUCUCAGGCAGAGGCAGAGCAUUUGGAUUGUGUUUGAUGUGGACUCUAUUUUGUAUUUUAUUCAAAAAAGGGAUUUAUUCUUAGAAUUAUUUUUUUGCACAGCUUGAAGUGCCACAUUCAAUUGAUGAAUAAAACUACAAAAUAAUA